AUAUCAGUGCAUCACAUGACCAUUCUAACGCCAGAUACCGCCUCACAGAAGAAGCUAUCACACAUUAACAGACAUAUUACUAAACACACAUAUCUGCAGCCAGCCAUUGCAGACCUCUUGGUGCUAUCUCCGGUUAUCAUGUCAGACUUUACUACCCAGAGUGAUUAUGAAAAAGAGUUUGACGCAGAGCUGUAUCUGGAAACAUAUUUUCAUCUGGGAUCAGGAAGCCUGGCUGACGAUUUCAUACGAUUUUCUGUUGGAAAUUUCCAUAAGAUUUUCACAUCAGGUGCUGUGAAGGGAGACAAACUUAUUGAUAUCGGCACAGCUCCUUCCAUUUACCAUCUUCUUUCUGCCUGUGAAUCCUUUAAUGAGAUCAUUGCUACAUGGUACACCAACCGAGAUCUUCGAGUGCUGGAAAAAUGGUUGAAAAAGGAGCCAGGAGCAUUUGAUUGGUCUUCUAUUGUGAAACAUGUUUGUGAAUUAGAGGGAACAAGUGGGAAGGAGAAAGAAAAAGAAGAAAAGCUGAGAUGUAAAAUCCAGCAGAUAUUGCAUUGUGAUGUCAGCAAGACUAAUCCAUUGGAUCCUGUUGUGGUACCAAAAGCAGAUUGCCUCACGGCUGCCGUGUGCCUGGAAUCUGCGUGUAGGAACCAUGAUGCUUAUGGCAGAGCUUUGAAGAAUAUCUCCAAUUUACUGAAACCUGGGGGUCAUCUUCUGAUGACUGGAGAUCUGGGAGCUAAUUACUAUGAGGUUGGCCCCAACAAGGUCUUCUCUCUUUCAGUAAAUGAGAAGUUCCUGGAGAAAGCCCUCAAAGAAAAUGGCUAUGCGGUCAGACAACUGCUGGCUUUCGGGAAGCCUGAAGAUGCCACGUUUGAUACUUCAGAUUAUGAGGGGUUUUACUUCUUUCAUGCUCAAAAAAUCUAAAUAAUUGUUUGUGUUUGGUUAUACUUCUGGUUUUCCAUUAACUCAAAAAUAAAUUGAUUAUAUUUUUAAGUCAUAAAA